AUCCCUCAUUCGCCCAACUCUCUUUUUUUUAUCAUUUGUGAAUAUAGACACAGACAUGUGGAAGUCUGUGCUAAAUUAGGUCUGAAAGUGGCACUUAUGGUUAAUUUCUCAACUUUCACUGUCUGAACUUCACUUGGGUAUGCAGGCCAGCAGGGGGCCCUUUCUAUUCACAAACAAGUUCUGAACCUGUUUGCAAAACCUGUUUAUACUUCCUGCAUGAGAUGGGGCUGUAAGCUGUAAACAUCAGACUUGACAAUCUGUGCAAUAAAUCUGAAUAACAAUUUUUUUUAAUUGUAAUUGUUAAUUGUUGAAGAAAAAUGGGAGGAAAUCCAGUUGGGACACAUUGCCCCAGUGGCAGUUCUCGCAUGAUUGCUGCGUUAGUCAAACCCCUCCUUGUGCUGCCUCCAAACCAUGACAAAAUGAGAUAAACUUUCCAGUUUUGUUCUAAUGAAGUGAAAUGUUCCUUUUUAAGAUGGUUUUGAAAUCGUUGUCUGCAUGUUCCUCUUGGGUCAGAUUUAGUUCUUAGUAUUGGUUAUGCUGAAGAACUUUUCUCAGCAAGAACUAGUUUCUUGUUUUCCUGGUAUUUAAGAACUCAGCUUAAAGGUUCUUGAGAAUAAUGAGCAUGUGUGGCUUUAAACGCCAUAUUUAACAAAACAGGAAGGCAAAAACCACACAAACAGUUUGUAAGCAGGCGGGUUGAUAACUCAUGUCAGACAUCCUGAUGAAACCACCAUAGCAAUCUUCAUACAGUCAGUAAUGCUGAUAGUCACGAGAGCAACACCUGUGGUGGCUUCUUGCGGAUGAAGUUCAAAAUGUGCUCCAAUGACAACAUAACCACUAAUGMAACCAGUAACACCACCGAUACAUGCGUCAGCAGCGUUCUGGAGGGUUUGGGUUACGGCCUUGUGUUUCUCCUGGGUCUCGUCAUCAACRGCGCUGCUCUGUGGGCCUUCRUCGCAAAGCGGGCMUCCUGGACCGACACCCACAUCUACAUGCUGAACUUGGCUCUGGCUGACUUUACCCUGGUCCUUUUCCUUCCCUUCAGGAUUUACGACGCCUUUUUCUGCCUGCCUAAGACUUUGCUCUGCACUGUCCUAAUUUUUAUUCACUUUGUCAACAUGUACGCCAGCAUCAUGACCACGACAGCCAUCAGCCUCCACCGCUACCUGACCGUCAGGUUCCCGCUGCAGGCCAGAUCAUGGAAGAGGAGAAAGGCGGCAGCUGUCGCCGUCUGCUUGCUCAUCUGGGUGGGUUUGGUUUUAAUCGUUGUUGUUUUUCGCAACGAUAACCAUCCUGAAAAACUCUGGACAUGCUAUGAAAGAUGUAAAAAUCAGACAAUCAGUCCAGAAAUCACCUCAAUCAUGUUGUCUCUUGGCUACCUGGCUCCUCUGCUGAUAAUUGUGUUCUGUUCCAGUCGGAUCAUCCGUAUUUUGGGGAAAGAGCAAAACAAGUCAGAGGAAAGGAAAAGUAUCGURGGAAUAAUAAAAGCAAACAUGAUUGUGUUUCUUGUCUGCUACACACCAAUCCACAUUGCGCAUGUGGUAAGUUUGCUCUACAAGGUUCCACAAAACUGGAGGGACGUWUAUCUACCGAGUCAUAAGUUUUUACAAGUGUCUGAAUGGAUCGCCUCCACAAACUGCUGCUUUGAUUCYAUCAGCUACUAUUUUUUAUUAAAGACGUUUUACGCUCAGUGACACCUUAGAGCUGUYGGGUUAAGGCUACGAAAGCUGAGACAAAGGGGCGAGGCGUUCAGUUCUGACUGAAUCCCAUUCUGUUGUUACAUUGGAGGGUUUAUCUUUCCCUGCUGUCAGAGCCRRCCCAAUGUUCAUUCAAGUUCCAAAAUACUUGAUUGAUCUCAAAGGUAAAUCAAAUCAAAAGACUUAGCAGAGUCUUAGCAGACAGCAGAGCAUCAUUUUGAGCUCCACUUUCAGGUACGCCUUUCACCACAUAACCACUGACCCUCUUCUGAUUAUUUUCUCAGCUGUUUUGAGUUCAACUUGUUUUAUAGUUUCUAACUGCAUAAGCAGAUAUAGGAAGGUGUAUGUUGUGUUGUAUUUCAAGUGCUGAAAUGAAURAAUGUUAUAAUAUUUCAGUUUUACUGAUAAGUCGUGUAUGUCAGCUCAGAUGUCAGCAACAAUAAAAGUAAAAUAUUUUUUACAAGGAUAACUAAGUUUUCUCCAUUUUUACAUUUGCCUCCUUUGUUUUUAGGCAACAAAAUAAAUAAACUGCCUUGUUUCAUCUGAAUGUUCAGUGCUAUUUUUAAGAUUCUUAAGAUUGAAGAUCGGGUUUUGCUUCAAACUUCAUGAACUGAAACAGAAACAUCACACAGGAAACUUAAAACCCACACAUGCAGCUAACCGUAAAAAGCA